UCUAGUUUCAAAAAUAAACAGAGCAGCAGCAAUCUCUUAGAAUUACAACAACUAUGUGCUCGUCGUCGUUCAUUGGCAGCAUUGGUAGUCAGUGACACACACAGAGUGGACGGAAGGAAGCUGCGACUGCAAUCUGCUGAAACACGGGAUAAACCAUAACAACACAGACGAUAGCGUGAGAGAACCGCGCUGGCUGAUGGGAAGCACCUACAAAGUACGUGAGACUUUCGAAGAGCACGGACGAAUUUUCGCAAUGUGAAGCAUUUAUGAAGAGGGUGUGUGAGAGUUUUCCUUUACAGCCUAUUUAUGCUUAGGAAAAAUAAUAAAUGUGAUAUAAAAAUUACGUCAAACGUGAAGAUAAAAGUCGUUUGGGCAAGUAUUCUGGUUAUUGGUAGUCAAAUCCGGAGUGAUCAAAGAUGGGUGAACAUUUGCUGAACGAGUCUGAGACCUUCGAGAUGCUUAAGGCUCUGUAUGACUUUACGGCAGUUUAUCCGAAAACCAUAAGUUUCGAUGAGGGCGAAUACUUCAUCUUGCAUCAAACCAGUGCCCGUCAACGGAACUGGUGGCAAGUAGUCAGCAUGAAGGGAAACAUCGGCUUCGUUCCGUCGAAUUAUGUCAUGAAGCUAAAGGUCGAUCCAAACUUCCUCAAUGGAUUUCUCGAAUCUAGCAUUGAGUCACUACGAAUGUCGUCGGAAAAAGAAAUAAAUGGCAUUAUUAAUCGACAGGAGCUCAUCGAUCGAUUAGUUGAAAAACAAAGGAAAGUUGAAAAAAUACUGAAGAGUGAAUCUUCCGACAGUGAGGAUACAGCCCCGAAAAUGGGAAACGGAACUAUUCCAGGGCUAGAUGAGUAUCCCAGUCAUAAUUAUAUAGAGCCCAGUCCGAAGCAUAAAACCGAACACCACAGCUCUCCAGUGUCAUCAAAGCAUGAAAAAUUAACCAAAAAAUCCCAGUCUAGUCCAGCCGUGGGCGCUGCCAGCAAUGUUCCACAGUUUAUACAGGAAAGCCCUAGUAUGAGCAUUCUUUCGUCUAAGCUAAAUCAAGAGGAACCGUUAACACCAACUGCCCAGGAAAACAGUGUCGUGUCGGAGAUAUCAGAAACGGAAACAACCAACACGGCCACAACCACUACAACCACCACCACUAGCGAUGAAAUAACAGCCAUUUCCCGGGGCGAUGAGGAGAUUCCCAAAACAGAACCAACGGCCGAACCAGAAGUUCAAACGGACCUUGAAAUGGAGUUGGAAACUACCAAUAAUGACGAUAUGACCGCCAGUGAGAACGAGCCACAUCCCAAAGAAUCCUCCACCAAAGAGCCUACCGAUGAAUUGGAUACGAUUGCGAAGAGCGAAACGUCAACCGAAAUCUUACCAAUGAAUAUUGAGCCCCAGGAUGUUUACCAGGUGGUGGACGCGAUUCGCACCAAUACAAGCCUCAGUCACGAAAUGGCAUGUGUAGCACUGCGCGUAGUACUUAGUGAACUGGAGCCUUUGCUUCCUCCACCAGUGGUCAAACAUCUAGAACCAAUCGCCGUACAUCUUACAGCGCCUCUAGAUGUUCCGGAUCCGUUCCUAGCUCAAACACACGAUGCUCAGCGUUUGCGGAUCAUUUUCACGGGCCUUUCCGAGUGUAAAAACGAUUCUGAACAACGAACUUGGAUGCUGCACGAGGACGAAGCGGAUAUUAGUCGCUACUUAAGUGAACUGAUCAGCAUUCUAACCGAUGCUGAUCCAAAAAUUUGCCGCAACGAAAUGGCCGUCGAUCAUUAUCAGAGUGUCAUAAAUUUAGUCCUGUACUACCAGAUGGAAACGCGCUGGUCCAUUCGGAAACUGCUGCUGAAAGCUUUCAAAGCCAUGUGCCAUCUUGAUUAUACUACCGUUGAUAUUUUGCUGGGAUCCGUUCUUCCACUGGAAAUCAUCCAGGACAUGAUAUCCAAUGCAAGAAACGUGGAAAAGCUCCAAGAGCUAGCGCAUAUGUUGAUAAUUGUGUUUUCCAUCGGCAGAAAGAUGCCUAUAAACCAGCAAGAGCAUCUUCGGUCCGAUUUUGUUAUAUUUCUGUUAAAUAUUAUAGAGAAUCCGCCAGAAACGGAUGUUCAUGGUAUUCUUCCGGACACCAUGAUCAACCUGAUCCUGUCGUUCAAUUUGCAGUUCGAUAACUUUACCGACAAUGUUGUACUAGAAGCCAUGGAGCAAAUUCAAACAGCGAAAACCUUCACCGAAAAGAUCCUUGUAUUGAUCAAUCGAGAGGAGGAUCCAGUUCACACACUGAAACACACACCGGCACAUAUAAAUCCCGUUCUCAAAAUGCUAGUAGAUUUGUUUAGCCGACCAGAGACAGCUUCCAUUUUCUACACAAACGACCAAAGCGUAUUGAUCGAUAUUCUAGUCCGUCAGUUAUCAGACCUUUCAGCCGGGGAGCCAAUCCGUAAAUGGUACCUGGAGUUGUGUCGAAGAAUUGUCCGCAACACUAGCUAUGCAGAACAUCAGCACCGGAAGCAGGAUCUGAUGAAAAUCUUCACGCGAAUCUUCUGCGAGGAAACGGAAUGCAGUGCCGGAGAUCAGCAGAUUGUUCGUGAAAUCGCCAACGAAUUUCCGCAAAUUUUCAAAGCAUGAAGGCUGUUAGAUGAAAACCCUAUUAUUAUCCUUGCAAACGAACACACCAAGAAGCUGGCGGUACGGUCAGCUGCAAUGCGAGUGAUAGGAUAUUGUUCAGAUGCCAUUUAUUUUUACGCUUUCCAACGAUACUGUUGACAUAUUUGCGCUGUUAUGCAUGCAUACAAGCAUUUCACACGGAUUGUUGUGAACUAAAUUCUUGUAUUAACGAAAAGGCUCAUGUGCGAGACAAGUUACAGAACAUUUGUUCGGUGCAAGAAUAAUUACUUUCAAAGUUCUAAUGACAUAGCAUCAGUUUGUAAAAAUUAAAACAGUAACAAUAUCUACAAGAUUUUUUCUUUUAAAAUUUGAAGCUAACAAAAUAUUUAGAUAGUUAAAAACCUCGCAGAGAAUACAUUGCUCUGAUACAUCCGAAAAUAAUUGUCACAACUUUCAAGCUGAUUCACCUCCAAACACAAGCAAGUAUACGACAGGAAACAGUCAUGGCUUCAAACUCAAACUGCCCCUCCAAAUUGCUACCAAGCGAAAAACUAAGUCCUUUUGAUGUAUUCAAACUAGUUUGAGCAUGUUUUUAUUUUAUUUAAAAUUUCUUCGACCGAAAAAGUCACAAUACUAAUUUGUUGCAUUUUCCACGAAAAAUAAACAAAACAAAACAAUUACGCAGAGCUUAACCUUUCUAUUAGAUUUAUGUAGUGUUGAAUAUACAGUGUUGUAAAACAAACAUAUUGGAACGUUGAAAAAUUUGUAUCAUUGUUUAAAAUACUCGUCGUCAUACGUACGAAUUGGCAGAAUCUAAAAAACUAUUUCGUAGAGUUAUUCCAAACAGUAGCAUUGUUCAAUUAGUAUUUAAGGUCCAAGAAAACUAUUAAUCAAAAAAACUGAUGUUACACGAAGCAUUUAUCGUUUUACCUACCCCUAAGUGUUUUAGUCGCUGCGUUUGAGUGAUCCAAAUUCAAUGAGCAUUCGAGUAGAAGACUACUAAUCCAAUCCUUUGAUGCCAAAAAAAUUUAGACUAAACCUUCUAAUUGCUGAACUCUUUAUGGUACUACUCAAGAAUAUCCGAAAAAAAAUCCGUUGUGAAAACUUCAAUUUUAUACAAGUCAGCAAAUAUUACAAAAUAGAAAAUGAUGGAACACCUUUUGGAGUAGAAAAAAAACAAAAGCGCCAAGCACAUAUAAGCAGUUACAAACAAUUUUAACUAAGAAAAUCAACAACAACAACAAAAAUAUUUCGACAUAGAUAUUUAACCAAAAGAAGAUAGACAGCUAAUUAUAUUUUAGUAGGUUACAAAUGCAUUUCAAAGUUUAUAAAACAGAAAUUUUUAAAGACGAUGUAAGUAAAUCAAAUAACGAAUGAACUCUGAACGAACUAUGGAAAAUAAUCCUUGCUCGCGAGGCAACUUUAGAGAGUAAACAAUACAAUUUCAAAGCAGUUAAGCUAUACAUCACCGAUAGGAAAGGUACUCAAAGAUUGAAGCAAUUAAAACUAUUUGAGAA